AUUCAAAUAUCUCUUGACCGUUAGAAACGAGGGCUGAAAACCCCUCUCUCUCUAUCUCUCCCUCAAACCAGAAAGAAAUCUUGAAUUUUCUAAGAAAAUGGGGAAGCUUAAAUGUAAAUCCGACUAUGAAGAUCAAAGAAACGCACGCAUCUUAGAGAACCAGGCUCGAUUGGAAUCGCUUGGAAUACACAAAACACUCUCUGAUCUUCGAUCCUUAACUUCUUCUUCUCCAAAAUGCGAGAGAAAGAAAUGGACUAAAAGAGUUUACGAGACCGCAAUCUUGCGACGAUCUGAUCGAUUGAAGAGGAUCAGCUCCGUCGAAUCAUCAAUACAGUACAGUAACAAUCUUUCUUUACGUCGGUCUAAUCGUUUGAAAGAAAUUUCCACCGAACCCGUCAAAGCAGUUGUGAGGAGAAAAGUGGAGGUUGGUGAUGAGAGUGAAGAGGAAGAAGAUGAGAAAAGGCCUGCAAAUGCUCCGUUAGUGAAGGUAAAGGGUGCGAUGCAGAUUCAACUUUCGCCGGAGGCUUCUGCUAGGCGAUGUAGUAGUAAGGGUAGAGGCACGAUCUAUAACUCGGUUUUUGGGAUUUGCUGCCAUUUUUGCAGGCAAAAGACAUUGUGUAGCGAAGAAGAUUGCAAGCGCUGCAGUAACCUUGAUCCUGAUGAACCAUGCAUAGGAAAAACAGACUGUUCAUUUUGUCAUUCUCCAACUGGUGUUUUCUGUCGAGGUUGUCUCAAGGUCAGGUAUGGAGAAGACAUAGAGGAGGUGAGAGAAAAUAAGAAGUGGAUGUGCCCUCAUUGCGUAGAAGAAAGAGGAUCUAAUCCUUAUUGGAUUUGUAACAGUUCGUUGUGCUUACGCAAGCGAGAGAUGGCUCCAACUGGGCUAGCAAUUUUCAAAGCUCGAGAGAUGGGUUACAAAUCAGUUGCACAUCUGCUGAUGGAUGAGCUUCAACGAAGAAACAAGCUUGGAAGAUGAGGAUGAACUCCAUGAUGAAUUAAGCUGCAGAUCAAAAGGAUGGAAUUCCUCUGCUGGUGCUAAAUGAAUCAACAAGACAAAUCAGAGGCAAUUGAUAGGGCUUGAUCAUAUAACUCUUGUAUUUUGAUGCACCCUGUCUACGGAGAAAUUUACAUGUCGGCUCCUCA